AUGUUAAGAACAGUCGUCAAACACAAUAACGGUCAAGCUCAAAACGAUAAAGACGAUAUUGAAUCAUUCCACAAGAUACUUAACCUUACUUCAGACAUCAUCCACGAUACAGACCGUAGAGUUGGUCUUCUAUUAACCAUUAAGAAGAAGACUGCUGACACUGCCGCUUUUGAGGUGGGCUACCUAACCUAUGAUAUUCAGGAAAAAUUUCGUCGAAUGGUAGAUAAAUAUAACACCAGUAUCUUCAUGAAACCCAAGCUCUAUUUAGUGGAACUUCUUCUAUAUUUAGAGGAGAUUGAACGCCACUAUUGGGAGAUCAACCAUAUUUCCAACAUGAUGCAUGAAAUUGAAAGAAAAUAUAAUAUAGAAAGUGAUUUGGACGUAGAAUAUGAUGAGGAUUCAAGAACAUCUUCGUCUGGAGGGCAAACGCCUCCACAAAAUUAUAUGGAACAAAAAACUAGGCCGAAAAAGAGAAAGACGAAAAAAUUUAAGCAUGACCGAUAUUUUAGUAACAAAUACUUUUCCACAAAGAAAACCACGACGCAACGGUGGCCUAUUGAUUACGGUUGGGAGAUUGAUUACGACUGGUGGAAA